GAGCAGCUCGAUGAGGUCCAUGUAGCGGAGAGAAACCCACCAUGCAGUCUGAGUGUUUGAGCUGGGUUGCUGCCAGCACCAUGGGAGAAACUGGGUGAGGGACCUUUGGAUGUUCAUGGAGCAAAGAUUAGCCGGGGUUUGGACCUGCCUGCUGGGGGCUGGACUUUUUCUGGCCUUCACAUCAGUAACAUCCAAGGCCAUCCCCGCACCGCCAAAGCUCAUCAAAUGUGAGUUCAUACAACGAAGUAACGUCACCUGCUAUUGGGAGCCUGGAGACAAUCCAGCCACAUUCUACACCCUUGAAGUUGUGAGAGUGCCUAGCUCAUGUGGUAUUCAUUACCAGAGUCCAAACUGCUCCAAAGCCUUAUUCACCUGUAGCACAUCUAGGUUGAGCUGCACAGCAAGCCUUACCUCUGGAAUCAAGUUUGACUUCUGCAUCACCGUUAUAUCACACAGUGUAAGUGGAAAUGUUUCAUCAGAACCUCGGUGUCAGCCUGCGAGAAAAGAAGUGAUCUUGCAUCCUGCGAUUUUGGACAACGUCCAACAGGUUAAUGGUUCCCCUAAGUGUCUGAAAGUGUUCUGGAGCACUAUCAUGGAUUUUAGCGUUACGGAGACAGAAAUCAAACAAGGGAACUUGAAUUCUCAAAUAGAGUUUGCAGUAAAGGGGCAGGCAAAUGUUCAGGUCAGGAAUGUAACAGUAACUGGAUACAGUUUCUUGGUGUGCUUCUUCAGUCCAGACACCUUCUAUAGAAUAAGGCUCAGACACCGCUACCAGGGUCCGGCAAGCCCAUGGAGCAAAUGGAGCAACGCAUGUGAGGGAACAACAGCAGAGGAUGUCCCAUCGGCUGCACCGGUGCUUUGGAGGGAGGUGGUACACGCCAGCAGGGACGGAGGGAGGCUCAUUUCUCUGCUUUGGAAGCCGUUACCUCGCCUCCUGGCUAAUGGCAGAGUUCGCCGCUACAAUGUGUAUUGUCGGACAGAGAAUGGUCAGAUUCUUAAAGAUAAUGGAAGCUGCAGAACGCUCCUGGAUGUUGACACAUCUUGCAGAUUAGCUCUUCCUGCUGUGCGUUGCUCCUGUGCUCUGACAGCCUCCACCUCUGCAGGGACAUCGCCGGAAGACCGAGUCUGGAUCCCAGGCUCCUCUGAGACAGAGCCACCACCUCCAGUCAAAGUCACCGUCGAACCGCUGGCGGGGAACAGAAGCAUGGAGGUUCGCUGGACGUCUCCGCCAAAUCUUCCAGUGAGCGGCUUCGUUGUGGAGUGGUUAGCAGUGAGGGAAAAAACCAGCAGUGUUCUGUACUGGGAAAAGCUGAAUAGCUCCUGUACAAAGCUGGUUAUUACAGACGGAGUGAAGCCAGCAGAACGUUAUGCAGUCUCUGUCAAGGCUCUAUAUGGUGAACAAGGAGCAGGGAAGAAUGUGACACUCCAUGUUUAUACCCUGGAAGGAACACCCUCAGCAGGUCCUAAUGUGCAGGUGGAGCACAUUUCAGGCAGCUUGGUGGAGCUCAGUUGGAGUCCUGUUCCUGUGGAGCUGCUUCAUGGCUUCAUCAGAAACUACACCCUCUAUUACACCACCAAUAACCAACCAGCAAAGAGUAUAACGGUGCCUGGACAUGUUCACCGCUACACUCUAGAGAAUAUGUCACCUGGCAUUUAUGACAUUUUCAUGAGUGCCAGCACCAUCGCCGGAACUGGUCCGACUGGGAAUAGGACUAACGUGCACAUUGGCUCCGAGGAAACAUCAAUAGUGAUAUGGGUCGUCGUUCCGCUCCUGCUCAUGUUGGUGGUGCUGAUGGUGAUGGUUCUCCUGGCUCAGAUGAAGUUGUAAGAUUUCAACCAGAGAGAGAUUUCCUAAAACUGGUUUGCUUCCUAAGCAAGGCUAAAUUGGCAAAGUCCGGAUUAUUAGGCUGUCAUUUGGAUUUCAAAAAGUUGGCUCUCUCAUACUCAGUUACCAUGGUAUUUGAACUGGUGAACUUAGCCUGGUGGCGACCAGGGCUCAAUCAUAAUUAGGGCUGCAACUAACAAUUGUUUUGCCGA